UGCGUUAUCUCUCUGACCAUUGCCCGAUUAUAUUUUCUUGCUCGACCUUUGGCUGAAAGGUGACUAUCGGGCUUUAUUACAGUGGGAGAUGGCGACUAUGUUACGCCAGGGUUGUGCUGUCUUAGAAGCAAUUUCUCGUAAAACUGCCCCUAAGUUCUUGGGUGGCGCUACACCAGUUCUUCAGAAGCAGCAAAAAAGGAAUUUGAAUGUACAUGAACAUAUAAGUUACACUCUCCUCAAAGAUGCAGGGAUACCUGUCCCAAAUUUCGGGUUGGCAAAGAAUAAGGAAGAAGCGGCUAAGAUAGCGAAACAGCUAAACGUGAAGGACAUUGUUUUGAAAGCCCAAGUUCUGGCAGGUGGCAGAGGUAAAGGGUCAUUCAAAGGCGGCCUUAAAGGAGGCGUCAGAAUGGUGUACACACCAGAGGAAGCAGAAGAUAUUGCUGGGAAGAUGAUAGGCGAUUACCUGGUAACGAAACAGACUGGAGAAAAGGGUCGAAUAUGUAAUGCAGUAAUGGUUACCGAACGUAAAUUUCCAAGAAAAGAAUAUUAUUUUGCCAUUAUGAUGGAGCGAGCAUUUUCUGGCCCAGUUUUAAUAGCUUCAUCCCAGGGUGGAGUCAACAUUGAAGAGGUAGCAGCAGAAAAUCCUGAAGCUAUUUUAUAUGAGCCAAUAAGCAUUGUUAAAGGAUUAUCGAAGGAACAAGCUGAAAGAAUAGCAGAGAGUGUUGGUUUGGGGGAUAAGAAAGAAGAAACAGCUGAGAUUUUGCUGCGCCUCUACAAGCUAUUUAUAAGCAAAGAUGCAGUACUGAUUGAAGUAAAUCCUUAUGCUGAGGAUGCCAGUGGUAAUUUUUAUUGCCUGGAUGCAAAAAUGAGGUUUGAUGACAAUGCCAAUUUCAGGCAGAAAGAAUUGUUCGCUCUUAGAGACUGGACACAAGAGGAUGAAAAGGAAGUAGAAGCUGCAAAGCAUUCCUUAAACUACAUAGCACUUGAUGGGGAUAUUGGUUGUUUGGUGAAUGGUGCUGGAUUAGCUAUGGCUACAAUGGAUAUCAUUAAACUACAUGGUGGUGAACCAGCAAAUUUUCUAGAUGUUGGAGGGGGGGCAACAGCACAGCAAGUCAAGGAAGCAUUCAAAAUCAUCACUGCAGAUCCAAAGGUUCAUGCCAUCUUGGUCAACAUCUUUGGUGGAAUAAUGAGGUGCGAUGUCAUAGCAGAAGGUAUUAUAGCUGCUGCUAAAGAGCUUAAUCUUCGACUUCCUAUCAUCUGCAGGCUACAGGGUACAAAUGUAGAUGAUGCAAAAGUUCUGAUAGCAGCAUCGGGAUUGAAGAUCUUGGCUUGUGAUAAUUUAGAGGAAGCUGCAAGACUUGCUGUGAAACUGUCCAACAUUGUCAGCCUUGCGAGAUCGGCGAAACUAGAUGUCAAUUUUGAGAUUCCCCUGUAAUGAGUUUAGCUACUUACGUUUUUCUUUUUUAUUUUGUUUUUACUUUAUGAAUAAAUGUAGACCACAUUUAACUUAGGUAGCUCUUAAUAUAUGCAGUGUGGCUUUUAUAGCUGAUAGAAGGCUGUAGUAACAUUUGUAGAAUUGAUUUGUUAUUUUAUGUAUUGUACUUUGUUACUUAUUUAAAAGUAUUUUAUCUGAGCUUACAGAUCAUAGUAAAUACUGUGCAUGCUUGGUUUAAGCUUUGCUUUGCUUCGCUUCCGAUUAUGACUGGACUUUUAAGAAGUAAGCAGCUGUGUGUCUUGAAAUAGUAUUUGAAUUGCUUAUAAACUGAUGUACCCAGGAUAAUAUGUCAUUCACAGCAGGCAAGAACUAGAGAAGCUGGUGCAGUUUUUAGUGCAGAGAUUUUUAUUUGUGUACUUUGUUCUGACUGAUGGCACACCAAAAUGGAAUCUCAACUCUGAUAUUCAGAAUUAAGGUUCCAUUUUCAGAAAAGUAUGACAAAAAAAUGAGGAUAAUUGUAACAUUCAACUACUAGUAAAUCACAUUUUCCUUUAGUUGAUGUCGUGGACAGUACACUUUUUCCAUGGAGGGUUUAACACAAUAAAUUGUAUAUGAAAUGCUUUUGGUCGGAACUUUGUUUGCUUCGUAAGUUAGUGUAUCCUUUAUUUUGAUAAUGUUGUGCUUUUAAUUUAUUUGUUUGUGUUUGUAAAUAUUUAUUUAUUUAAUGUAAAUAGUGUUGAGAUAUUGAACAUUACAGACACUCAUUGACGUGUUUGCUAUAUCUGAUUUUGCCGUAUCAGAGGUAUUUAGUUUUUAUGUUUAAUUAAUUUUACUUAAUUUUACUUAUUUGAAUGACAAUUAUAUAUCAAAGUUUUGAUCUUGAAAUCUUUUAGCAGAGAAUAAUUUCAGCAGAAAUGUGCUAGAUGCUGUGCUUUUCUCUGGUUUGUUCUUCAGUGGAGAGACCAUUGUAGCAUAAAUGACUGGGGAAAAAAACUGUGUUUAGUGUUUGCUAUAUUUAUAUGCAGUGAUAGUGACAAUUCAAAAAUUGUGGCUUACCAAACACUUUGAGCUGUUUAAUUACAACAAUAAUUUAUGGUAAAACAGAACAGAGAUAAAUUUUAGCUGGUGCAUAAUAUGAAAAUGGGCAUAUAUGCAAUAAGUGGCAAAUGUAUUAGGUCCCGAAUAAGCCAAGUUUGCACUUCAAAAGAAAUUACCAUCAUCCACUCACAGAAUACACUUUUCUGCGUCUCUCUGGAAUUACAGUGACUACAUCUAAAUACUUCUUGAGUGGUUUAGUAUUGUGUACUAGAUGUCAGAUACACUUACUAACAUAAACAGUUGAUGAAUCUUACUUUCAGAAGAGCCUGAAACAUGAACAUAUUUUCAAGGAGUUUUUGUGAAUUAGUAGCACAGAUGUAUAACAGGAAAGAUUUUAUGGUCAAACAUAGUUCCUAUGGUUCGGGUAAUGCUUAUUAUAAGUCAUCCGAUCAGUUACUGAGAAGUCAGUGAAUGCUUAAGUUUAGAAACUGUGUUAAUCACAUGCUCUUCAUGGACAGUAAUGCUUCUAAAUGUGUUUCAUGACAGCUACAAAAUUGAGAGCUACCUGCAGUUAACAAAAAUAACUUAUGGAAAGAUUGUUAUUUGAUAUUAUAUCUUUUCAGUUGCUACAUUUUACUAGGCCACUUAAAUUUGAAAAAUGAACUGUAUGGAAUUUAUACUCUUGUGUUUUAAUAAAUGUAACAAUUUUCUGGUAACACCUUAAAUGUUCAUGUUUAAUGAAAUGGAUUUGAGUUUAUUAAAUGUUUGAUGAUUUCUUUAUAAAUAACACAUGCCUUGACUGGUAAAAAAAAAGUUAUGAAUAUUUUGACAAUUUAGAAUGACGUUUUAAAUAAUUUCCAAAAUAUAAUUUUGAUUCGUUUCGUUCACCAUUGUAACAAUGGAAAUUUGGCAAAAUGAUGUUGCCAUCAGGCUAUCACUGAAGUUAAAUAAUCUUUUAAGUGUCUGUAAGUGGCUAUUUAUAAUCAUGUAAGUUUAAAAUUUUUGUUCAUUCUCCUUUUUUCUUCUCUGAAAUGUAUUGAUUGUCUUGUUUAAGAGGGAGGAGUUUGUAUAAAAAGGAGAGAGUAUUCACGGGUGGAAACUUAAAACUUAAUAGAAAUGUUUUUUAAUUACAUUUCAGAAGCAUGAUUGCUUUAUGUUGUAGAUUCUGGAAAUGUUAAUGAUUUCUCAUAUAUCCUUUGAUAUUUGUAAAAGUUGUAAGCAAGUUUGUGUACAAGCUUCUCUUUAUGUUGGUGAUAGAAGUAUUUUACUUACUGUCAGGAUAUUUUGUUUUAAGUUGUGUUUGUUUACUAAUUGCUUUCAGGUGAAUACUGAGUUGUUUCAAUAAAACUUUCCUUGUCCGAUAAAGUUUAUUCUUAAUCUGCAAUGAUUGUGACAUGAUAUGGACUUAGUCAUUAGCUGCCAAAUCCAAUGUUUCUUACUGAUUCUACAGUAUUAAAGGCUGGCUAAAAUGAACCUCAUUCGUCAAAUCAGCCUGAUGAUAAAUCACCAUAAAUGUUUGUAGUCUGUUGUAACACUUGGUUUUUGAUGUUUGUGCUCCCAGAUUACUCUUUUCCUCACUCCCUCCCCUCCCCAGAAAUAUUGCCAUGUGGCAGGUUGCUUGUUAUUAUGGAUCCUCAUACCAAAGAAAAAAGCUUUCAAACUUUUUGCAUUAUAUUGUAUAAAUAGCUUUAUAUACAGUGUUACUUUUAGUGUCUUCAUACCCCAUACAUCAGUAGUUGCAAUAUCUGAAAAUCCGUUGUGUAAGCUGCAGGAGUGAGGCAGACUCUCUCACUAUGCAAAACGUAGUCCAUCUGUAUUGUGAAAGAACUUAAUGGAGCAUGAGAGUUUUAUAAUCAAAUUUUCACAUUUUUUAUAAUAUACUGUGCAUCCCAAACAUCUUUUCUGUACUGCCAGUGUUGUCUUACAGAUGAUUAUAUGUAGUUCAGGAUUUUGAUAAAAAGUGGUCACAGGUUUUUGUGGUGUUUGUGCAAUUCUGUUUUACACUUUGGUAAGCUGUUCAUUGUUUUCUUAUCACCAUGUUGUUUGUCUUCAAAAGGACUGUUCAUUUUUAUAACAUAAAUGUGUAGUUGGUUACUGAGACUCCCAUGAGAAGAGCAAUGUUUUAUUAUUAGACUAUAACCGUGCAAAAAAUACAUCUUAGUCUAGCACAGGGUUUCCCAAACAGUGUACCAUGGGAAAACUAUUAAUAAUAUGACAUUUUUCCCAACAUUUUGGGGGGGGAGGGGGGAGAACUGGAUGUUCCAUCAAAGUACUAGGAUUCUCAAAGUGUCCAGUCAGAGGAAAAUUUUGGGAAUCUCUGGUCUAGCAACAUUUCUUACAGCUCUAAUAACAGUGCAUAACUCUUCUCAUGGUGCCCAAGUUAUAGAUCUGAUUAUGAUGAGCAGUGCUUAGUAACUAUAAGUUUUCUUAAUCAUAUUUCAUUUUUUGUUUUGUAUUUUUCCCUUUCUCAUAUUUUGCACCAUGAUUGAUGUUUGCUAACAUAUAGUGGUGAACCACCCUUAGUUAACUUGAUGGAAGUAACAACACAGAUAAUAUUGUGUAAGACAUUCCCCUGUAAGUAGUAUCAGCUGUUAUUAUUUUCAAGAAUUUGAUAAUUGUUUUGUGUCAUUAUUUUCUUGACUUCUUGCAGCAAUGGGCUACCGUAUUGUGACAAAUGAAAAAUUGGUUAAGAAGACAGUUUAAUUCACGAAUUCAUUCAUUCAAUAUUGUUGUGAAAGAGACUGUGAUCAAUUUUAUCCUUUUUCCUUCCGUGAAAUAUUUCCUUUGUGAAGAGCAUAAUUUGUUAAAUCUGUGUAAUUAUUAUGACUGUUGUGUGAAUGAGUAUUAUUGUUUGAUGCCAUUAACAUAUGUUAAAAAAUGAAAAUUUUCCCAUGUAAAUGUUAAAUAAAAGACAACCAUUUUGUUACUGUUUAAAAGAGUUAUUUUUUUGGUAUUAAAACAUUGUGAUGUAGUAGAUGACACUUGGAUAUAAAUAGUACAGAUUGCAUUACCUA